GUCACACAAACACGCAAACGUCACUUCUGAGAAAGGCUCCACCAUAAACUAUUAGGGGGACUGAGGGGGGAACUGAGAAUUGGAUUUUGGACAUAUUGAUUCUCAGACAGAACCUCGGUCGGUCUCUCAUUAGUAAUCUUUCCAGGAUGAGGGUGACCCUGUGCCUGCUGUGCGUGUCGGCGUGCCUGACCGGCCCCCUCGCCGCCCCCCUCGCCGCGCCCAGGAAGGCGGAGGCCGCGGCGGCCUCGCAGGAUGAGGUGAGCGUGCUGAUGUACGGCGUGCUCCAGUUCAGCCAGUCCUUCCACGAAAUCUACCAGAGCACUGAGGCCAAGAUCGCCCGCAUCACCGAAUCCCUGAGGAGCCACGAGCUGGCGCUGCGCGGGCUGAGCCAGGACGCCGUGCAGGCGGCCGGGCGGGAGGUCCACAUCAGAGGGGCUCUCGGGCUGCUGGAGGCCCAGAUGGCUGAGCUGUACACUCAAGCUGAGCAGACCAAGAGCAAGUUGGCCCACGUGGAACAGGAGGAAGAGGAGCUGAAGAAGAAGGUGGCCAACCUCGAGACCAACUUGAAGAACUCCACCCUGAUCCGGCUUCAGGAACUACAGGUACCCCCAGGGUGCAUCUCCCUCGACCGCACGCAGGCACCCACGGAGAGGGCCGUCAAUCACUCGGCUCUUCUGAAGACCUUGGAGAAGUGGAACAAGAGACAGAGACAGAACCUGGAGCUUCAGAACAGGAAGCUGACCAGGCUGCAGAGGGCCGUGGCGGCUAAGGGCCAGGAUUUAGCCCUUCCGGAGUCUACAUCACCUGGGGGAUCGUUCAACUGACACAAGGUCUUCCUGCCUGAGUAGAACACGGUCUCCAUUUCGCACCAACAGAAACAGCGGGCAACACUCCCUAGUAUACACAUCCUGUCAACUCAAACAGCCACGCUGAAAGCAAUAAACAAAAACUCAUGAGAACGAAUAACUCAUUGUAUUUAUAUUAGUGCUGUCAAACGAUUAAAAUAUUUAAAUCACGAUUAAUCGCAUUAAUGUCAUAUUUUUAUCUAUUCUAAAUGUCCCUUGAUUUCUUUUUGUCCCAUUAUUUUUUCUCAUUUUAAUGCUCUUAUCAACAUGGAAAAAUGGAUCGGAUCGCUUGGUGCAAAUGUUUUUUUUU